GUCAUGUCCCUGCGACAUUAUUGAGGCAGACUACAGAACUACACAUUAUUAUUUGUGAUCCACACCACAAAAAGAGCAGAAGAACGCUAUAAACCACAAAAAAUUGCUAGCAUGGGAACCCCUCAAAAGUUUCCUGCAUUUUCCUCAGAAACAAACAACUCAGCAGCAGCAAAAUUGUCUGCAAGCGAACAUGGUAAUGAAGACAGUAUUUGCGGACGUGAAAGAUUAAAGAAACAUCGACAAGAGGUGGCUGGUCAUGUUGUGAUUCCAGAGAGUUGGGGCCAUGAAAAUUUUCUUAAGGAUUGGAUUGAUUGUUCUUCCUUCGACAAGUUAUUAGCCCCAGAUGGAAUUUCAUCUGCUCGCCAAUCUCUUGCUGCUCAGGGACGACAGAAACCAACUUCCAAUUCUCAACGUUUCAGGAUAGCAAGAUGUUGAGAAGAAAUGUUGUGUUCAAUCCCUUGAUGGCUUGCAGUGGAGAGGGUUUCUCCAUGGAACAAGGAAGGGCUAUGAGCUUCCAUUGUUGUUUUAGAUAAUAUCUUAGUCUAAGUUCAGUUUCUGUUUAUUAUUAUUUUUCAAAUAGCCAUCUAAUCUCUUGUAGUCAUGUAUUCACUUUGAGCCUUACCAUUGGAUUUCAACCAUUGUUAAAAAAAUUAAUAAUAUUAUUGGAGGUUUUAUUUAUUUAUUUA